AUGCCCUCUCCCCGGAAGCACAAAGACGUUCAAAGUAUGACUAGGCGGAUAGCCGCUUUAAGCCGUUUCGUCUCAAAGGACAUAGACAAGUGCAUCCCGUUCUUCAACGUUCUUCGAGGAAGCCAGCGUUUCGAAUGGUCAGACGAGUGCGAAGAAGCUUUUCAAAAGCUGAAAGAGCAUCUAGCCCAAGCGCCAAUACUGGCAAAACCGGUGGAUGGGGAGCCGCUAUACCUCUAUUUGGCUGUGACUGCACACGCGAUCAGCGCUGCACUAGUGCGGGAGGACAGGAAAGCCCAACUCCCGGUGUACUACGUGAGCAAGAGGUUAUUGGGGGUAGAGUCACAGAAUCUGAUCAUUGAAAAGUUGACAUUUUGUCUGCUAAUGGCGUCUCGAAAGCUCCGGCCUUACUUUCAGGCCCACGCCAUAAAAGUUAUGACCAACCAUCCUUUGCGGCAAGUGCUGCAAAAGCCCGAGUCAUCAGGAAGACUCUUGAAGUGGGCUAUGGAAUUGAGUCAAUUUGAUAUAGCUUAUGUACCUAGAGUCUUAAUCAAGGGACAGGCUCUAGCCGACUUCAUUGUGGAAUGCUCUGGGAUCACCGAAGGGGACAACCCUGCAGACCCCGCGGCGCCCGUGUGGAAGGUGUUUGUGGACGGAGCCUCGAAUGAAAAUGGAGCAGGGGUCGGAAUCAUCCUAGUGUUGCCACAAGGGCACCAGUUACAAAAUGCCUUGCGUUUCCAUUUCAGGGCGUCGAUCAACGAGGCUGAGCACGAGGCCAUGUUGGCCGGAUUGCGUCUGGCCCGGGAAGUCGGGGCCACAAACCUGGAGAUCUAUAGCGAUUCCCAGCUGGUGGUCAGACAAGUCUCGGGAGAACACCAAACUAAAGGGGAGAAGAUGGCUGCUUACGUGACUCAGACGAGAGAAAUGCUGCAAACGUUCAAGAGGCACUCCAUCCGCCAGAUCCCUAGGGAGCAAAACGUGUUCGCAGACACAUUGGCAAAAUUGGCCACCGAUGCAGAGGCGGAGCUGUCUGGGCUGGUCCCGAUCAAUCAUCUCCCCAUCCCUAGCAUUCGACCCUCCGCAAUCACACCAUCGACCACUUCGUGUCCUGGAUGGGACCCAUUGUCCACUACUUGA